UAUGCAAAAAGGUGACUCUUCCAAUGAAUUCUUCAUCAUCAUAGAUGGGAGUGUCAAUGUUUAUGUGCGCAAGAAACAAGAGCGAAUCCAAGCAGAAGUCGAGUUUGAGGAGAACCAACUGAAAACUCUGACAGAAGCAGAAUUGGAGCAACACCCAAGCACAAUAAUCAAAUUGUAUUAGGCCCCCAAGCAACUAAAUAGAAGACUGACAAUAAAUCUACGGGAAGACGAUUUCGAGCAGUAUAGCCCAAAUUAGAAUAGAAUUUAGGAUAGCCAAAUCGUACAAGCCACGCUUAAUCGUUUAAACUGAGCGCCAAGAUGUCAAACACAAAGAUGUGGAGACAAUCAAGAAAUUAACCUUUGGCCUCGAGAAGAUCCCAGACAAGGAUUUCCUCUUUAAUGGAGGAGUGUUCCUGCACGAUUUGGUCGCUUAGAUACACGAAGGACAAAUGUUCGGAGAACGAGGAUUGAUGAUUGAAUCUGCCCGUACUGGCACAGUCAUUGCCAAGACCUCUUUGCAUGUAGCCGUACUUACUAAAAAAGACUAUAAGACAAUACUGGAAGACAGUCAGUUAGGUAAAUUAAACUCAGAUCUAUUCAAGAAAAAAUUAGAAAAAAGACGAAAUUGCUCAGUUUGACGAUUCUGAAAAAUUUAACAUACAAAGAAGCCGUAGAAAGUUAAUACAAAUUUGAAAAAGUCCAUUUCCCAAUAAGUCAUUACAUUUACAGAAUUGGCGAUGCUCCUCAGACCUUAAUUGUGAUCAAGAAGGGCACUGUCAAAUUAUUCAAGAAAGAAAACCACAUUGUAUUCCCUCUUUGCGAAUUGGGACAAGAUCAAUAUUUUGGGGAGGUCGAAUACUUUGAAGAUUGUCACAGGAUACACACUGCCUAAGUAACGUCGCAAGAGUUUUCGGCUUAUUUGAUCACCUAUACAGACUUAGCCAAAUUGUUCAAUAAUUACCCAUAAUGUGAAAGAUUGGUAAGAAGACAGUAUGAACAAAGGCACAAAAUUAAUCACCAGAGAAUUAAUAAAAACUUGAAAACUCACAAGAAGUUUAGUUAUUCUGAAGAAUUUUCAAAGGAUCUCAAUGGUUUCUAAAAGAAUUCCUCGUAACCACAAUUAGAAAUUGUAAUUCCAACUGAAGUUCCUUAGACUGAGUUUAAGAUCAAGGAGUAGGCCAAACAAUAUUCCAUUUAGAAAUCCAAGUAUCAAUUAUGCUAGAUGGAUUUCAUUUAGACCACUUAAAAGAAACUGAAAGCCAUUAGGAGAGUGCAAUAGAGCGAAUAAAAAAAGUAAGGAUUAGUAUAUGGUAAUCUUAGAGCAUAAAUGGAAAAUGAGCAGAGUUUAGCGGAUACUUUGAACCAUUUGGAGGUCCAAUCAUAAUUAAUUAAGAAGGAGUUUAGAAGGAGAGAGCAGCGUCGGUUUAGUUGUAUUACAUUUGACAAGGAAUCUCAAAAUGGAAUUAAUCAAUCUCAGAUUAAUUAGCAGCCAUUCUCCAAAACAUCACAAGGGACUCGACCUCAAACCUUUGAUCGUCAGAGUAGUCUUUCUCAUUAAUUCAAAUAUCAAAAUAUCACUGAAUAAAUGCUGUUUAAUGCCAAAUUGCAAUAAUAUGAGAUUCUCGAUGAUUAAUAGAGAGACAUCAAAACUCCCUCGGCGUCAGGAAUUAUGAUCUCCUCGAAGCACAAUCUCUUUAGAACGAAGCCAAAGAAAGUGUUCCUAAUGAACCAUUAUGAGAGAAGGCAGCCAAAAACCUACAGCACUGAGUUAUCGAUAAAAACAUUUUUUAAUUGA